AUGUGGAAGUUGAAGAUAGGAGAAGGAGGAAAGAGGCUGAUAUCAGCGAACAACUUCGUGGGGCGUCAACACUGGGUCUUUGAUCCAAAUGCAGGAACUCCUGAAGAACGCGCUGAGAUCGAAACACUCCGACGCCAAUUCACAUCAAACCGAUUUUCCAUCAAACAAAGCUCAGAUCUCUUCGUCAGAAUGCAGCUGAGGAAGGAGAAGCAGUGUGGGCCCAUGGCAGGAGCAGUGAAAGUGAGAGAGGGAGAUGACGUAACGAGGGAGGCAUUGAUUACAACAAUGAGAAGGGCCAUCGGUUUCUAUUCAUCAAUUCAAGCCCACGAUGGUCACUGGCCCGCGGAAUCAGCUGGGCCUUUGUUUUUCCUUCAACCUUUGGUGAUGGCAUUAUACAUCACAGGAUCCCUUGACGAUGUCUUAGGGCCUCAACACAAGAAGGAAAUAAUUCGAUAUUUGUAUAAUCAUCAGAAUGAAGAUGGGGGUUGGGGAUUCCAUAUAGAGGGUGACAGUACAAUGUUUGGAUCGGCACUGAGUUACAUUGCCUUGAGGAUACUUGGUGAAGGGCUUGAAGAUGGUGUGGACCAGGCAAUGUACAGAGGUAGAAAGUGGAUCCUCGACCAUGGUGGUUUAGUGGCUAUUCCCUCCUGGGGAAAGUUUUGGGUCACGGUACUUGGUGUCUAUGAAUGGUGUGGCUGUAAUCCACUUCCACCAGAGUUUUGGCUUCUUCCCAAAGCCAUCCCUAUUCAUCCAGGAAAAAUGCUGUGCUACUGUCGAUUGGUUUACAUGCCCAUGUCAUAUUUAUAUGGGAAGAGGUUCGUAGGUCCCAUCACUGGCUUAAUCAGAUCACUAAGAGAAGAAAUGUAUAAUGAGCCUUAUGAACAAAUAAACUGGAAUAAAGCACGGAACACUGUUGCUAAGGAGGAUCUGUACUAUCCACAUCCUUUGAUCCAAGACAUGUUAUGGGGAUUUCUUCAUCACGUGGGAGAGCGUUUUCUGAAUUGCUGGCCCUUUUCUUUGGUUAGACAGAAGGCAUUAGAAAUCGCAAUUAAUCAUGUGCGUUACGAGGAUGAGAACAGUAGAUACCUUUGCAUUGGAAGUGUGGAGAAGGUGUUAUGUCUGAUUGCGCGUUGGGUUGAAGAGCCUAACUCAGAGGCAUACAAACUUCAUUUAGCCCGAAUCCCUGAUUACUUCUGGCUCGCAGAAGACGGCUUGAAAAUCCAGAGUUUUGGGUCCCAAAUGUGGGAUGCUGCAUUUGCUAUUCAAGCAAUACUCAGUUGUGAUUUGAGUGAAGAGUAUGGGCCUACACUUCGGAAAGCACACGAGUUAGGGAAAACCCAUCUGGUGAUUUCAAAGCAAUGUACAGACACAUAUCGAAAGGAAGCUGGACAUUCUCAAUGCAUGACCAAGGUUGGCAAGUCUCCGACUGCACUGCAGAAGGACUCAAGGCAAGAUUCUCCAAAAUUAAUCAAUUCAUCCAUCCAUAAACAUAACGCACUUUCUUUCUUUCCUUCUUAUAAUACAUGUAUAUAUGCACAGGCUGCACUCCUUCUAUCAGAAAUGCCAACUGAUCUAGUUGGGGACAAAAUGGAAACACAGCGAUUCUGUGAUGCUGUUAAUGUCAUCCUCUCUCUACAGAGCAGUAAUGGCGGUUUCCCUGCGUGGGAACCUCAAAGAGCCUAUCGUUGGUUAGAGAAAUUGAAUCCAACUGAAUUCUUUGAAGACACUCUCAUUGAGAUAGAGUACGUGGAAUGCAGUGGGUCAGCAGUGCAAGGCCUGGUUCUCUUCAGAAAGCUAUACCCAAAGCACAGAAGAGAGGAAAUAGAUCACUGUAUUUCCAAAGCAAUCCAUUUCAUUGAAAACAAGCAAAAUCCUGAUGGCUCAUGGUACGGUUGUUGGGGUAUUUGCUAUACCUAUGGUACCUGGUUUGCUGUAGAGGGACUAACUGCUUCUGGAAAGAACUACCAUAACAGUCCUUCCCUACGCAAGGCUUGUGAAUUUUUGUUGUCAAAGCAGCUUCCCAAUGGUGGAUGGGGAGAGAGUUACUUGUCCAGCCAAAACAAGGUUUAUACAAACCUCGAAGGCAACCGUGCAAACUUAGUUCAAACUUCGUGGGCUUUGUUGUCCCUUAUCCAUGCAGGACAGGCUGAGAUGGAUCCGACACCCAUACAUCGUGGAAUUAAGUUACUCAUCAAUUCACAAAUGGAAGAUGGAGAUUUCCCACAGCAGGAGAUCACCGGAGUAUUCAUGAGGAACUGUACCCUGAACUACUCAUCGUAUCGGAACAUCUUUCCCAUAUGGGCUUUGGGAGAGUAUCGUCGCCAUGUAUUGUACGAUUAA